AUGACUGACUUGAACCAUCUCUCUAACCAACCGUUCCUGACCCGGGAUAAUUGGCUAGCACCAGCCAGUCCCGCCUGCUACUCUGAUAUGGGACCGGAAAUGGCACCUUGGACCACCAUCGACCAUCGGCCAGCCUUCGAGGCAGCGGCUGACCCAAACCCAACAAUUCACCGAAGAGCACAUACGUUCCCGACGUUUGGAAACGACGAAUACUCCUGGACGCAGCAACCGGAUCCCCCCGUCUCCGCCGGCGCCUUCUCUGAAAUUCCAUCAAUCGAGGUGACUUCGCCAGAAUCCUCACGCCCGCAGAGUCCUCUGGUUCCACCCGAACAGUCCGGAAGCCCUCUAGGGUUUUCAAUUCCCUACAGAUCUUCCUUGUUCGAUGUGAACGAUGAACCGAUCGGUGGGCAACCUCCGGAACAUGUAGAAUCUCCACCAUUUUUGGCAAUGCAUCGUAAUCUGGAAGAGCAGAUCGACUAUUAUGGAGACUAUCUAUCGCCUAUCGACCAACCUCCACCAAUUUCCCGUCGCUCGUCAGUUGCUUCAUCAUUGAACGAUGCAUCGACACCGGAAACUCUUGCUAGGUCGCAUACAAGACUCCAUAGAAGUCAGACGCUUCCAACAACACUAAAUUUCAAAAAGCCACCUAACCAGGAUCAGCUGAACAUGACCCUUCGCUCGCCACGAACACGAAAUUAUUUGCAGGUGUAUUUUCAAAAGGUCCAUCCGGAAUUCCCAGUCCUAGAUCCCAGAGCAUUUGCGUCUCGGCAACCGUCAGGCAACACUAUUCUCACUUACCAAACUCUGCUCGCAGCGGCAAUUGGUGCAUUACAACAUCAUCAAUCCCGUGCCCUUUCUUCACCUUAUAUGCGACUCGCAAUGUCUUUACAUUCUGAGAUUGAUAUGUGGGGUUCAUUAUCUGGGGUUCACUGUGCUAUCCUGCUGGCUAUCUAUUGCUUUUAUGAAGAAUCUAUGUCUUUUAACGAUGAAGUUGACCAACAUCGAACCAAAAUUGUCGAUUCCUUACAUCCUGCCGUCAAUCUCUGGUUACACAUCUGUCAAACUGCACACACUUGCCUCGACCUUGGCUUGAAUUUGGGAUUCUUGUCCUCGGCUGGAUCAAUAUCGAUGGUUUCUGCUGAUAAGCGAAACCUGGUGGAGGUUCAGAUGCAGGCGAUGUUCAGAAAUACGUUUAGAGUGGUAUAUAUCCUUGAUAGACGGAUAUCAAGACUCAAGCGUCGGCCUACCGCAAUUCAUGAAGCCGAUCUGGACGCAGACCUAGUUCUCGAGAUGAUGAUCGAUGCUUCGGAACCUUUAACUGUUGCUGCUGCAUGA